CCUGCGCUGGAGCGCUGCGGCCGCCGAGGUUCGGCGGCGGAGGGGUGACGUUGCGCUCUUGGGCCGUGCAAGGCUUAGGAGGCGCUCCUGCUCGCCGAGCGGAGUCAGGCAGCGCGUAGCAGCCGCCGAGCCGUGUGGGGCUUUCGGUGUCCUUGCCCCCGGCCCUGGGAGGGUGAGAGAUGCGUUCGGCGUGACGUGAGCCCCUGCUCGGUCCCACUCCCCGCUCGAGCCAUGGCUGCGCCGAGCUGGCAAGAGGUUGUGGCCCAGCAAGCCGAGGAGUUGUCGGCCCGCUUGCGGGACGUGCUGUCGGCUGGCGCGGGCCUACUGCGCACCGAGCUGGGCCUGGAGCUUCCUCCGGGCCUGGAGCCGCACCGGCUGCCUACAUGGUUAUUACUACUCUCCACCUCCGUCGUGGCGCUCCUGCUCCUGCUGGGGCUUCUGUGGGCCGCAGGCUGCACCAGAGGAGGAGAUUCUCGCAGAAAGCGGUCCGGGAGAACACCCGCGAUGGAGGAGGAGGAGGACGAAGAAGAGGACGAAGAAGACGAGAGAGCGGCGGCGGCGGCCUUGGGCCUGGCGCGAGGCGGCGGCAGCCCUAACAAGGGGGUAGCUGGCACAGCCACAAUGCACUUGCUGAAAGGGGAUGAGCAGAAGAAGCGAAAUAAGAAGAAACCACCGGAGAAAACGGGCAGGCUUAAUGGUCAGCCUGCUCAUGAAAUGUCUGAAGAGGAAAUAAUUCAGACAGUUCGAAGUGAAAACCUAAAGCAGCCAUCAGAUGCGGAAAAGAAAAUUGAAAAGUCAAAGAAGAAUAAGAAGAAACCAAAGGGAGAUGCUAAAACAGUUCAGGAUCAGACACGUGUGGAUGGAAAGGAAGUUGAUGAAGGAGCUUGGGAAACAAAAAUCAGUAACAGAGAGAAACGCCAGCAGCGUAAACGUGACAAGGUACUGUCUGAUGUUGGGUCAGAGUCAAAUCUAGCAGCUAUGGAAAAUUCAGUUACAGUAUCCACUGAACAACUAACAUCUGCAACAUCCUUUUCAAUUGGUUCCAGAAAAAGCAAAGGUGAACCUGCUUUGAAUGUUCAAGCUAGUAACUCUAAAUCUGGAAAAAGUGAUGGUGCACUCCAGCAAGUUUCUUCAGGAAUGAGUGAAGGCCCCACAGUAAAUGGAGGCAACUGGAAUGAAAAGCCUGUAAAGCUUUCUCCUCAGAUUGGUCCAAGUGAGGAGAAAUGGACUCCCGUGUCAUCUGCAGGUAGCAAGAGGAAGAAUGAGACAUCAGCUUGGGGAAAAGAUGCUGGAGAUAAUGGAAAUGGGAAGGAUUGGGGAGUGUCCCUGGUGGGCAGAACCUGGGGUGAGCGCACUUUGUUCCCUGGUAUUGCAUGGUCUGGAGUGGAUGGAAGGAUUAAUCCCUCUGAACCAGGUUCUACUUCAUUUACAUCCUUAGGGCUAAAUCCUACAGUUUCAGGAUCCAGCAGUGAGACUGUUUCUCAGCCUCCUACUACAGACUUUCAGUGGGAUUUAAACCGUAAUCAGGCACAUGUUGAUGAUGAAUGGUCUGGAUUAAAUGGGCUUUCUUCUGCUGAUCCUAGUUCAGAUUGGAAUGCACCAGCAGAGGAAUGGGGAAACUGGGUAGAAGAAGAAAAGGCUCCGUCUGUUCCACAGCUUGAAGAAACAUCAUCUGAGACUCAAAAGGCUUCAGAUGAUGAGAAGGAAAAAGCAGAACCAGCUCUGCAAAGUGCUACAAGCAGUAAAUCAAAGAAGAAAAAGAAGAAAAAGAAAAAGCAAGAAGAGGCUAGCUCUCCUGUACAGGAUGCUGAUGACCUGGAUAGACAUACUGGAGAAGAAUUUCCAGAAGAUACCUCAAAAGUUCAACAGGAAGAGAUAGCUUUCUCUUUAAAGACCAUCAGCACUAGUGAACAAGCUGAGCAUGAGGAGAUGCCCUCAUUUACUGUUUCUACUGAGCCAUCUGUAACUGUAUCAGAGAGUGAAUCUGACAAGAUACCUUCCCAAGUGCCACAGAUGCUACAGGAGACAGAAGCUCCCAUUUCUAAUGUUAAGCAAAACAGUGUGCCUCUGCCACAGACCAAGUCUGAAGAGAGCUGGGAGUCGCCUAAACAAAUCAAAAAGAAGAAAAAAGCCAGAAGGGAAACGUGAAUUUUCUGAGAUGGACAUGUGUUGCAGAAAAACUUGUCAUGAAGAUUAUGCUGUUUAUGCAAUAAUUUGUGAACCUGUACAGAAUUUUAUAUAAAUUUCAACAGAUUUUUUUAAAAAAACAAACUGCUUUGAACAGAACCAUCUUUAAGAACAGGAACUGAAGGAAAAUAAGUUGGUGAAACAGUUUAGCAGGAAAUAAGACAAUACUGGAAGACACAUUGAAGAGUCUGUAUUUGAACCUGUGGGGAAAGUAAUUUUUAAAAACUUGGCUUUACAACAGUGCCCUGUUUACAACAUAUCUCUAUUUCAUGUCCAUUGGAGAAGGAGGAUUUGUCUUUCCCUAAUCAUCUUUAAUAAUAGUGUGUCUUUCUUGAGUGGUGUCCAUUCUGAAUUUGUUUAAAACCUAAAUCAAAGAACUCUGGUUAAAUAAUCUGCCAUAUCCUUCUAAUAUUUCAUAGAAUGUGUUAACCAUAAAGUUAAUUAUAAGUGCAGAGAGGCUGAAAUCCUGGAAGCAUUUACUCUUGAAUAAUCCCCAAACUGGAAUGGUAGCCUCUUUUCUGAGUAAGCGUGCAUGCAGAUUGUGACUAGAACCAUUUAGCAAAAUUUCUUUGACAAAGAAACAAAUGCAGUUUAGAGUGCAACACUUGCAGGAACUGUUACUGAUUAAGAAAUCUGGUCAGUACUUCAUAAAAUUGCUUCUAGUUGUCUACUUGAAUUACUCAAAUAAUAUAUUUUUAAGAAUAUGGGACACUAUGCUCAGAAUCAGCCUUAUGUUUUAUUCCUUUUUAAAGUAGUAGGUUAUUUGUUGCUCUUUAUUCCCAAUUGUGCUUCAUUUUUCUACCCUUUUUUUGUUUUGAUUAAUUGUCUUUUUUUAAAAAAGCCCCAUAAACUGUUCAAAGGUGUGGUGGGGAAUGAAAGGGGAAAAUAAUGGCUUCAGACAGCUUUAAUUGAUUUUGAAACCACCUGUAUCAGGAAGUGCUUUUUUACUGCCUUAACCUAUGUAGAAUCUGCAUCUAGAGUUCUUAAAUGGAAUUAGUGGGGGGUGUUUUUGUUUUCUGGUAUUUUUAAAAAAUCAUGCAAGUAUACUAAUGUAAAACCAACUUUCCUCAUGAAAUUAUUGAUUAAAAUGGGAGUUAAGCUGCAUCAUUUUCAGGCACUGUGUAAUUGCAUUGCAUUCAAGCAGACAGGUAUCUAUCUAUGAUUAAUACAUGGUUGCCAUGUAUAGUGUAUAUAGCCUUUCAAAAUGUUUGUGCGUGUUUAAAGGACCAUUAACAUAACACAUGGAACAUCUAUUAAAGAAAAGCCAUGACUAUUUGAUGUGAUUGGCUUAAGGUUUUAUUUUAAUGUGGCAGAGAAAUUGUAACAGCUGUAACCAAUGGUACUUAUUGACUCUCCCAUAAUGUCUCAUCGUAUGCAUCUGAAAUUUUUGGUAAAAUUAACUUGCAAUGCAAGAACAAUUAAAGAAGCAAACUGGAUUUAGUUGUAUUGAAGGCAAGCCUUAUUAAUUGAUAGUGUUCCUAAUGAAUACUAAUAUGCACAGGUAUUAACUCCUGAUUCAGGAACGUGUUCAGAUGUUUUGUUUAAUUCAGUGACAUUUCUAAAUUUUGUUAAAAUAAAUUGAGCAAAUUGA